AUGUCUACUACAACUGCGGCUGUCGCGGCCACCGCCGCCCCCGCGAAGCCUCUCGGCAUGCGAAAGAAUGGCAAGCAAUGGCAUGAGACCAAGAAGGCGUUCCGGCCCGGGUCAGGCGUGACUUCGUACGAGAAGAGGGCGAAACAGAGGGUGGAGAUGGCGGCGGUGAAGGCGAAGGAAAAGGAGAUGAAGGACGAGAAGGAGGCGGAGCGUCAGAGGAGAAUCCAGGCGAUUCGAGACAAGCGAGCCGCGAAGGAGGAGAGGGAGCGAUAUGAGAUGCUGCAGGCCAAGAUGCACAAGAAGAGAGUGGAGAGGUUGAAGAGGAGGGAGAAGAGGAACAAGAUGCUCAACUCGUGA